AAACUGAAGUCCACUGUUGAGAAGAAACAUUUAAAUCUGUUGUAUGAAAAACCUGUUCCAACAGAAAAGGAGAAUUAUGAAAAAAAAACACCAUACAACUGUAAUUCAGAUUUUGGAAGAAAAAGUAGCAAUUUGUUCAAAAAUGCGUAUGCUCACAUAAGUGCAUCGGAAAUAAAAAGGGAUUUUGCUAUUAACAAGAAUCAUGGAAAACAGUUGUUUCAUCCAGAAGAAUCUGAAUUUAAAAAUCUUGAAGUUCAAUUUACCUGGAAUCAUUUAUUAGAAGAAUUCCAAGAUCAUCAAAAAGACAACAUUGAAGGAUUUCAGGGUUUUAAGUGUAGCAUGUGUGGAAGUUUUCUUGGUUCUAAGAAGUCCUUAGUUGUCCAUAUUAGCAGACAACACAGAAAUCGCAAGGAAUACAAAUGUCACUUAUGUGAUAAAGUUUAUACUAGAACAGAAAAUUUGAAUUUACACGUGCGAAAAAAUCACAUUGAAAAAAAUCAAAAAACUAAUGACCUUGAAUAUGAAAUUCAGUUUCAAAAGUGCAUUGAUACUUCAUAUAUUUAGGGUUAACAAUAAAUUUCUAAGUUAUGAGUGUGUCUUUAUGUUUGAUAUGUUAGUAUAUUGUUGUGUCUUCAAGUAAAUUUUCUUUCAUUUGUAAUAUUGAUAGAGCAUAACAUAAAAUAACACAGAAAAAAUAUAAAAGUAUAUUGUAAUGAGAAACUUGAAAUCUUUAAUGUAGAAAUGUAAAACUUUGUGAAAGUAAAACUUGUUUAAACUGGAUGAAUUGGUUGUAGUUAAACUUUACUGAAAACUAUUACCAUUUGUGGAUUUACAGCACAACAGAUUAUUAAACAAUGAAAAUUAGCAUUAUCUUUAUUUAUAAAAGGUACAUAGAAAGAUUUUGUAAUUGUAUUGCUAUUGUAUGUAAUUUGUCAUUUCAUUAUAUCAAUUUGUAAGACUGAAAAACUGCCAUUUAUCAAUUGUAUUUUAAGACAUAUAUGUCAGUGACUAAUUCAAAACUUAGGUUCAUAGUUCAUAAAUUAUGAAUUUUAAUAAUAUCAUAUGACAGAUGUGGUUUGGACAAAAGACUUAAGUUUUUUUUUCAUACAGAAAACUUCACUCUUAAAAGACAUAUUUUGUUUAACUGCCAAAUUUUUAGUGUAAAUCACUAAUUAUGGAUGCACCUUCAUGUACUUGUUAAAUUGACAUAUAAUAUUAAUUGUGUUAUGUAAAUUAUUUGUUUUUUCACUCCUUAGGUAAAAUGGAAUUUGGAAGAAAAAACAGAAGUUUACCUUUGAAUAUUUGUAAAUAUAGUCCUAUGAUGGAAGGAAUUAUUGGCCACUUUGAACAAAAAAUCCAGGAACAUGAAAGUUUUGUGUCAAAUGUUCAAAGUUCUGAAGUAGUUCUAUUGAGUGAAAACUAUUUAUUGGAUGAAUUUCAAGAAUGUCAACCAGAAACAGAAAAUGGAUUUUCUCAUAACUUUAUGUGCAAUGAAUGUGGAAGUAGUCUUAGCUCUAAAAAAUCAUUAGCAAUGCACGUCAGUAGGCAGCAUAAAAAUCGUAAAGAGUAUAAAUGUAAUUUAUGUGAUAAAGUAUAUACUAGGAUAGAAAACUUAAGCUUACAUGUUCGAAAGUUCCACAGUAAAAAAAUUGGUAAAUAGAUUUAAGAGAGAAAAUUACAUAAUUUCUUUAAGACUUCUUAUUUUGAAGUUAUGUUGGAGCAUUAUUUAUUAGUCUUAUAUAUUAUCACUGUUUGUACUGUUAUGAAGUAUUUGUAUGAUGUCUACGGACAGAUGGGGAGCAGUUAGCUUUAAUGUAUUUUGUAUUUCUAUAACGCAAGUUAUUUUGAAAAGCAUUGUGCAUCUAGUAGUUAUUGUAUGUUUUGAGUGCUUUUGGUAGUUUGAUUGAAGUAUAAAAAGAACUCAAGAGCAUGAGUUUCUGAUGUUAUUUAAACCAUUAGAAGAAUAUGUAUUAAAGUAAAAUUGAAUGCAGAUUAAGCUGAAAUCUAAAACAUUAAUUACAAAAAAACAACAGGUAAGGUAAUAAUUUGGUGCUUGACCAUACGUGUUUAAUCAGUCCUAUUAUUACUGUGUACUUUUCAUUCUUUGUUGCCAAACUCCAUUUACUAGCUUUUCCACUCAACUACUUUUUUUUUAACAAAUUAAUUUGUAAACUCUUAACCUCUUCAUGCAUAAGUGAAUAAAAUAAUAAUAAUAUUUUAUUACUAUCGCUAGUAGUACUUUGAAAAUCCUAGCAUCAUAUGGUAUUGUCAUGCAAGAUGUGUUGUCAUAUGGUGUUGCUAUGCAAGAACAGGUUAAGAAGACCAUGAUGAAGUGUGAAAGCCUUAAAGGUAAUUCAGAAAUCUUAUUUAUUUUUAAUCUAUGAAGAUGACUUAAAUGUAAAUGGUAUUUCUAUUAUGCAUUUUAUUGUCAUUCAUAUUUUAAUACCAUAUUAUACCAAAAAAACUGCAGCUGAGUUAAGCAAAACCAAUCUUUAUUUAACAAUCACCAUUCCAAGCAGGUUAACAGUUAUAACCUUUCUUAAUAUAAAAUUGUUGGUUAAAUAACAUGAUAAUAAAUAAAAAGCAAAACAAAGUAGAGUAACAUUAACUAUUCGAUUGGAAAAUAAAUAGACAUUCAACUAUAACAAAAGUUAAAUGGAAGAUAGUGUUAUUAUCAUUCAGACUUUUUGGACAACAUUGUUGAUUAAUUAUACAUAUGUUUUGGAUGGGGUGGGUUACACUGGUACUCCUUUUUCACAUUAUUAGUGCAGGCAUAUAUUUUAUGUUCAAUGAAUGGAAGGAACAGAACUGAAAAUUAAUCCAGUAAUGAAUAUAAUCAAUUUAAUGCACUGUUCUUACAUUCUUAUGUAUAAUAAUUAGAAUGCAAGGUUUUAUCAGUUGGGUAUCCUUGCUUUAAUCCCAAUAGCAUCUCAUGGGUUGGUGAACUUAGGUUAGUCUUAAAUCCAUGUAAUAAGUUAACAAUAAUCUUUAUAGUAAAAGUAUAUAAUCAUGUAAAAAAUGAAAAAAUAAAUAGAUAUAUUAUAUUAAAUAUUAACCAUUACUGUUAGUUAAAGAGUCAUUUAACUUUUACAGAACACGUAAAAAAAUUAAAGAUUUUU